AUGGACUCUAGUAACGCCACGUUGACGGCAGCUAAGGCGGCGCCAACGCCCCAGCUCGUAGCGGCGUCAAAGCGGCCGGUACCUGGGAAGGUGGAGCAGCCGCCAGCGGCUGCGGCCGAUCCGGCGUCGGCGUCGGUAACGACGAGCACCGAUAUUGCAGAGAGCGGCGGCGAGGAGGAGGAGCAGGUGGAGAAGUUCUACGCUCUGCUGGCCAACAUCCGAGCCAUGAGAGCCAUGUACGCGAGAGACGCCGGCGCGUGCACGGACGACACUGCCAGCGCCAGCGAGGUCCGUGGCGGGGUGAGGAAGCGGGCGCGGUGGGCGGAGCAGCGGUGGUGGCCGUCGUUCAGGAUGGAAGACUUCGAGGAGGCACCAGACGGCAGCGUGUCCAAGAAGGGCAGGAGGGACGACGUGGGCGUCGCUAGUAGCCGGUGGCCGGGGAAGGAGACGACGGAGGAAGCGGUGGAGGACGGGAGUGACGAAGCGGGAAGGAGAGGACGUCGGGUCGUCAAGCCGUCGUCGUCACGGAGGAAAGUUUGA